AUGGACUCGUUGGAUGCAAAGUUUCCAAAGUACAUGAUCUAUUGUGUCUUUGUGGCAUGUUUAGGUUCGUUUAGUAAUGGUUGGGUGAUUGGAUCUGCCAAUAUCCCAGGAGAAAUCACACAUAAUUGUCCCAACGGCAAUGCACACAUAUUUGACAAGACAUUUCCGGAUUGUUUACCAAUGGACAAUGCACUCUGGGGUUUCGCUGUCGCCUCUUUUUGUGUAGGUGGGUUAAUUGGUGGUCUCUCAGGUGGUGCCAUUCAAACCAGAAUCGGGCGUAAAAAAGCUAUUAUUGUCAACAACUUGGGUUAUAUCGCCGGUGGCGUCUUGAUCGGCUGUUCUGUUCAUGAAGGCAUGUUUAUCAUUGGUCGUAUCCUGUGCGGUAUCGGUUGUGGUAUGGGUUCACUAUCGAUCCCUACUUAUAUUGGCGAAGUGUCUACCAUCAACGCGCGUGGUGCUAUGGGCACCUGCAAUCAGUUCUUUAUUGUGGUGGGUAUUCUUUUGGCGUCUGUCAUUGGAUUACCGUUAGCCACUGUGCCGCUGUGGCGUAUCAAUUAUGCCAUUGUGGCCAUCCCCGCUAUUUUGCAAUUCUUCUUGAUGAGUACAUGUGUUGAAACCCCGCGUUAUUUGGUUUCGGUAAACAAAAUUGAAGAGGCACGCGUGGCACUUCAAAGACUGCGUGGCUCAGCCAAUGUGGAUCGUGAGUUUUAUGGCAUGGUAGAAGGAUAUUUUGGUAGUGCUGCAGCUCAAUCCAUGACGAAUUAUGUGUUUGAUAACAAUGCCACUGAUGAACAAUUAGUACCUGCUCGUGCUAAUAACGAUACUAUGGGCGUAAUUCAAAUAUUCAAAGAUCCUGUCAUUCGUCGUAUUUCAUUUACUGUGAUCAUGUUACACGCAUUUCAACAAUUGGUGGGUAUGAAUGCCGUUAUGUAUUACUCUACUACUAUCUUUAGCACUGCAUUUGAUCCUGAAUUCUCCAAAUAUAUGGCAAUUGUGACGACGGCGGUGAAUUUUGUGAUGACGGGUGUAUCUGUUGCAUUGAUUGAUCGUAUGGGACGUCGACCCCUUUUAUUGAUGGCCAAUGCAGGAGCCUGUAUUUUUUCGGUGCUGUUGGUGAUUGGCUACGUGUUUAAUAUUCCUGCACUGUUGGUGGUCAGUGUGUUCUUGUAUGUGGCUUCAUUUGCCAUUGGUAUUGGACCUAUCCCAUGGUUAAUGACAUCCGAAUUAACCCCUACCUAUGCUUCUUCGUCGGUCGGUAGUAUUGGUACAUGUGUAAAUUGGGCCAUGAAUUUUUUGGUUGCUCAAUGCUUCCCUGUUAUCUUUGCUCGAAUUGCAGGCUACUCGUUUGUAAUUUUCGCUGUAGUUGCAGCCGCUGCCUUUGUAUUUACCUUGGUGUUCUUGCCUGAAACUAAAGGCAAAUCAUUGGAGACCAUUGUUCAAGGAUUUGAGAAACACCGUACUUAA